AUGCAUAGAUCGUCGCACGUUUUCAAUUCUUUACGGCAAAGUGUACGGACGCUUGAGUGGCAGUCUCAGAGGUCUGCAUGUGCUGUUGCCGGUCCUAGCCGGACUGCCAACCUGGCAACAAUUCCAGAAGGAACAGCAACAUCGAAAACAGAACCGCCGAAACCUGCACGAGAGCCUUUGACAUCUUCAUAUGCACCUCAAUCCUCUUCCGAAUUUGCGGAACAAGGUCAGAAGCCAUUACCGUUUCUAUCUGCUCCUCUGGGUGUGUCGAAGCAACCUUCUAGCAAGAAGCUAACAUGGACAGAAAAGCGUGAGAGACAAUUUGAUAAUGACUUGCGACUGGAAAGACGAAAAGCGAUUGUGAAAGAAGCAACUCGAGGAUAUUUCCACGAUGUUCACGCAAUGCGAUCGCAUGGUGGUAAAACUUGGAUUGCACCUUCUACAUUGAUCAGACAGGAUAGAGCAUUGUACUUUCCUGCAAUUUCAGGAACGUGUCUUAGCGAAACUAAAGCAAAGAGGAAUACGGCAGAUUUCCUUCCUGGGAAGGUGUCGAUUGUUGCUAUUCUAACAAGUCAAGUAUCAGAAGCCCACGUAAAAAGCUUUUACGAACAAGCACAUUCGAUGUAUCGAGAUGAUCCAAAUUAUCAACUGGUUCAAAUUAACUUGCAAGAGAAUGUAUUGAAAGCUGCAUUGGUAUCGCUCUUCCAAUCAUCUUUGCGCAAGCAAGUCCCCGAAGCUUUGCAAUCGACCUACCUUUUCACCACGCAAGAUUUAACAGUGGAAAAAGAGGCAAUCGCUCUGCAUAACAAACAUGUCGGUUAUGUCUACCUCGUCGGAUCGGACGGAAAGAUUCGAUGGGCAGGAGGUGGUUACGCCGAACAUCGGGAACAGCAAGGUUUAGUAGCAUGCACUGGUGUUUUGUUGAGUAGGAUGGCAGAAGGAAAAGCGUGACUGCAACUGGAGAAACCACCCAUCUGUACAAUAUUAUGCAAUUAAUAGAUAGGAUUCACGUAGAAUGGGUAUGUUAAAUGAUG